GUGACGUCGGCGAAAAUAAUUUGUUCCGGUGUCGUUUCAGAGACGGAGCCGACGGUUCACGCGGGAAAUAGUGCUAUCUCCUGUACACGAGUGCUGCGAAGUGAGUGCUGCGGGACCAGGAGGCAGAGAUGGGCGAUACUUUGGAGUUUAAUGAGAUAUACCAGGAGGUGAAGGGGUGCUGGAAUGACGGCCGCCUCCGUUUCAGCAAGCAGUCGGUGGUGUACAAGAGCAGCAAGACGGGCAAAGUGGACAGCAUCUCUGCCCCAGAGCUGAGCCUGGCGCAGUGGCGGCGAGUUUGCCUCGGCCACGGCAUCAAGCUGGUGACCAGCACAGGCCACGUGUACAAGUACGACGGCUUCCGAGACUCGGACUUCGAGAAGAUCUCGGAGUACUUCAAGGCCAACUACAAGGUGGAGCUGACGGAGAAGGACAUGUGUGUCAAAGGCUGGAACUGGGGCACUGCGAAAUUUUCAGGCCCGCUCCUGUCCUUCGACGUCAACGACAGCCCGGUGUUUGAGAUCCCCCUGUCCAGUGUGUCCCAGUGCGCGACAGGAAAGAAUGAGGUCACGCUGGAAUUCCACCAAAACGACGAUGCCGAAGUGUCCCUCAUGGAGGUCCGCUUCUACGUCCCUCCCAGUAUCGGGGACGAGGGUGUCGAGCCUGUAGAGGCUUUUGCCCAGAACGUGCUUUCGAAGGCGGACGUCAUCCAAGCCACCGGCGACGCCAUUUGCAUCUUCAAAGAACUGCAGUGUCUGACGCCCAGGGGAAGGUACGACAUCCGUAUCUAUCCCACCUUUCUUCACCUUCACGGUAAGACUUUUGACUACAAAAUCCCCUACACCACAGUCCUGCGCCUCUUUCUGCUGCCACACAAGGACCAAAGGCAGAUGUUUUUCGUGAUCAGCCUGGACCCCCCAAUCAAGCAAGGGCAGACCCGGUACCACUUCCUCAUCCUGCUUUUCUCCAAGGAGGAUGACAUCACCCUCACGCUCAACAUGAGCGAGGAUGAUGUGGAGAAGCGUUUCGAGGGGAAACUCAGCAAGAACAUGUCAGGAUCGCUAUAUGAGAUGGUCAGCCGGGUGAUGAAGGCCCUGGUGAAUAGGAAGAUCACUGUUCCGGGCAACUUCCAGGGGCAUUCUGGAGCUCAGUGCAUCACCUGCUCGUACAAGGCCAGCUCGGGCCUCCUCUACCCCCUGGAGAGAGGCUUCAUCUAUGUUCACAAGCCGCCCGUGCACCUGCGCUUCGAGGAGAUCUCCUGCGUCAACUUCGCCCGAGGCACCACCACCACGCGCUCCUUCGACUUCGAGAUCGAGACCAAGCAGGGCUCACAGUACACCUUCAGCAGCAUCGAGAGGGAAGAGUACGGUAAACUCUUUGAUUUUGUCAAUGCUAAGAAACUCAACAUCAAGAACCGCGGAUUCAAAGAGAAGAAGGGCAUGAAGGGCAAUGAGAACAUGUACAGCGACUCGGACGACGACCAGCAUGACGCCUACCUGGAGCGCAUGAAGGAGGAGGGCAAGAUCCGCGAGGAGGCCAACGAUAGCGACUCAGAGGGUGGCAGCGAUGAGUCUUUCAACCCUGGCGAGGAGGAUGAUGACAUCGCUGAGGAGUAUGACAGCAAUGCAUCGGCCAGCGACAGCAGCGCGGAGGGUGGAGACGACAGCGAAGACGACAACAGGAAGAAGAAGCCAGUUAAAAAGCCCAAAGUGACCAAGGAGAAGAAACCGCGGAAGGCUGGGACCAAAGCUAAGGAGAAGGACGCCGGCGCCCCCAAGAGGCCGAUGAGUGCCUACAUGCUGUGGCUCAACUCCAGCCGUGAGCGCAUCAAGUCGGAGAACCCAGGCAUCUCUGUCACGGAGAUCUCCAAGAAGGCCGGCGAGAUGUGGAAGCAGCUCAGUAAGGACAGGAAAGAGGAAUGGGAGCAGAAAGCUGAGGAGGCGAAAAAGCAUUACGAGAGAGCCAUGAAGGAGUACAGGGAGAGCGGCGGGGCCUCUUCGGGCCCCUCCAAAAAGGAAGCUAAGAAGAAAGGUGGGAAGAGUGACGACCGGAAGAAGAAAGCGCCGGCCAGCAGCCGCGGGGGCGAGCGGGAGAGGGAGAGGGAGAAGGAGAGGGAGAGGGAACGGGCCGGUGGCAACGACAGCUUCAAGAGCCGGGAGUUCAUCUCCAGCGAGGAGAGCUCGUCCGACUCGGAACGUGGCAAGGGCACCAAGCGCAAGGGCUCAGAUGAUGAUGAGGAGGAGGAGGAGGUGGUCAGCACACCUCCCAGCUCAGAGGAGUCUGGGUCUGAUUAAGAAGAUGGGAUAUCUUUGCCAUGACUGACUUCUUUACCCCCAUGGGUAGUGGGGUAGGAGGGCCAUAUAGACAGAUUAAAAUGUGUAAAUACCGCUUUCUGUUACACAAAACGUCCAAGGGUUAUUUCAUUGCAUUUUCUUUCCCUUUUUUCCCUUUAUUCCAACUUUUUGUGCUUUUGGGUACCGCCAUAUGUACUGAGCAUGUACAUUUAUGCUCAAAAUGGUCUGGGUUUUAAGAAGAUGUAGCGAUGGGAAAUAAAUCUACACUUUCCUAGAAGCCCUGCACACUUCCAUUAUUUGAAAUAAAAACUGAAAACUUGUUAGUGAUGUAUUGUGGUUUUUUGCUUAAAAUAAAAUCGUUUUGUUAAAAAAUAAAAAUAAAGACUCAGUCA